AUGAAUAAUCUUUCCUUUAGUGAACUGUGUUGCCUGUUCUGUUGUCCACCAUGCCCAGGGAAAAUUGCUUCCAAACUGGCAUUUUUACCUCCAGAUCCUACUUACACACUGAUGUGUGAUGAGAGUGGUAGUCGCUGGACUCUACAUCUUUCAGAACGAGCAGACUGGCAGUACUCCUCUAGAGAAAAAGAUGCCAUUGAGUGUUUCAUGACUAGAACCAGCAAAGGUAACAGGAUUGCCUGUAUGUUUGUGCGUUGCUCGCCUAACGCCAAAUAUACUUUGCUCUUCUCACAUGGAAAUGCUGUUGACUUAGGUCAGAUGAGCAGUUUUUACAUAGGACUGGGUUCACGGAUUAACUGCAACAUAUUCUCAUAUGAUUAUUCUGGAUAUGGCGCAAGUUCUGGGAAACCAACAGAGAAGAACCUGUAUGCUGACAUCGAUGCUGCUUGGGUGGCUCUUAGGACAAGGUACGGAAUCCGCCCUGAAAAUGUGAUUAUAUAUGGCCAAAGUAUAGGAACGGUACCCUCUGUGGAUCUCGCUGCUCGGUAUGAGAGUGCUGCUGUAAUUCUUCAUUCUCCUUUGACCUCGGGAAUGCGAGUAGCCUUUCCUGAUACGAAGAAGACCUACUGCUUUGAUGCAUUCCCAAACAUUGACAAAAUUUCUAAAAUAACAUCGCCAGUGUUAAUAAUCCAUGGGACUGAAGAUGAAGUAAUUGACUUUUCGCAUGGCUUAGCAUUAUUUGAGCGUUGCCAGAGACCUGUAGAGCCACUGUGGGUAGAAGGAGCAGGCCAUAAUGAUGUGGAACUUUAUGGACAGUACCUUGAACGAUUAAAACAGUUUGUAUCACAGGAACUGGUGAAUUUGUAAAGUACUUUAUAUAUUUACAUGCUUUUUCAUUUCACUGCAGAACUGCACAUUUUGAUAAAUACUAACAUAAAACCUGAAGGUUUUGUUUUCAAAUCAUGUCAGUUGCCUUCAUAAAUGUACAGGUAAUGAUUUGUGAACAUAAUUAAUGAAGGUUUUAAUACCAGUAUUAUAAACUGGAAUAACAUGAUCAUGCAGUUCAGCUUCUGUAGUUCGUAUACUAUGUGUGCGUU